AUGUGCGCGGUGGGUCUCAUCGGUCUCAUCGGUCCCGUCGGUCCCGUCGGUCCCGUUACGCCGACAAUUCCGGUGACCGCUCCUUUCCAGUCUCUUCAACUACUCGCUCUGUAUCGCAAUUAUCUCAAACCCGACGACUUUUCCGCGCUUGUGAAUCCUUCGCCCUGGAACACCAACCCCAUCACUCCGCCUGCAAGUGGCAUUUCACAACAGAUCCAGGUGCCCGUCACACAAAUCUCUGAGAUCCGCAGCGAACCUUUCAGAGUAGAAUCUGUUCUGUUUGAUUGUUUGCCUGGUAACUCGGCAUCAAAUUCUGAAUGGCCCGAGGCAGUGCAGAUUUUUCAGCUGUGGCAGACCUACAUCGACAAUGUCAACCCUAUGGUCAACUUGCUGCAUGUACAGACUAUGCAACGUAUGGUACUGCAAGCAGCAAGUUGCAGACCAGAAACUCUGUCAAAGCAGUCACGAGCGCUGCUCUCUUCUAUCUUCCUUACAGCCAUCGAAUCACUUAAUGACGAGGAGGAGAAAAACUUGCAAGGCAUGACCAUCUUUGCAGCAGAGAUGCAUCGCAGACUUUGGUGGCAGAUCUACCUUCUCAACCGCCAUUAUGUCAAUUUAUGCGAGGAGAUCGACAGCAGCGAUCCAGCUCACAAUCUUAUCUUUGACACCAAGCGACCACUAAAUUUCAAUGACGCAGACCUCCACCCAGAAAUGACUACAAUACCACCUGAGAGAGAAGGUGUAACGGAGAUGCUGUUCUGCUCCAUCAGAUAUGAGAUUGGCAGUUUCGUCCGGAAUCUUGGUCUGCAUUCCGACAGCCAAAGCAAGAUUCAAGCCAUUCAAGAGUUGGAAGCUCGUCUGGAAGAAAGAUACGCCAGACAUUGUGAUGGCUCAAUACCGCUUCAACGUGUGUCCAGGUGCCUAGUCAAAACGACCGGAUAUCGUCUCGCUCUUCGGCAUUGCCAUCUGAACAAUGAUUCUUCCGAUAAGGAUGUAUCAACGAGUGAUAGGCAACAAGCUUUCGACAUAGCUCUACUGCUUCUACAAACUCAACACUCAAGCUGCGCAAGCCAGAUGUUGGACCGCUACAGAUGGCACACGAAACUCUUCUACUGCUUCGAAGCCCUGUUUCCUGUACUUCAUAGCUUAGCGUUCCAAGAGCUGGACAAAUCCAUCGCGGAUGAAGCAUGGCAACAGGUCUCGCUAGCAUAUCACUACAAUCCUGAACUCCUCGGUUGGGAUCACCAGAGCUUCUACAGUAAUUACUGUCACAGUCUCAAUAACCUGGCACUCCGAGCUUGGAAUCGCAGAGCCUCGACUGCAGACUGUGUGCCCGAGUUCGUGCAGCAGAUACAAAUACAGCAGAGUCGAUCAACCGGACAAAACAUUGCUGGAAGCUUGAGCACAAGUCCCCAACAACACACUCAGCCAACGCAGAAUCGAAAUGAAGCAUUGCCUUCAAGUCACGAUACAACUUUGGAAAAUCCCGAGAUCGAUGCACAAUCGUGGGAGUACUGGCUCAACAUCUUCGACAAUGAAGAGCUACUGGGGAUAUAG